GUCCCGGUGGUCCCGGUGGUCCCGGCACGGGCAGCGGCCGCCGCAUCCCGGCUCCAGGCCUGCCCGUCUGCCCCGUCGGGCUGCGAGGAACGGCCGAGCCCGCCCCGGCGGCAGGCGCGGUGCAGCCGCCCAGGAGCGGCUUUGAUCGCUCCCGCGGCCCGGCGCACCGCAGGGUCACCCCGGGCUCAGCCCACCGGAGCCCGGUGCGCUUCCGGGGCGGCCGAGGGGCUUCCUGCGGUGGGUGUGCGGCCGCGGUGCUGCUGCCAGUGCUGCUCCCGGCCCGGCCCGGCCCGACGCGCCGCCGGGAUGAUCAACGCCAUCCUCGUGUUCAACAACCACGGGAAGCCGCGGCUCGUCCGCUUCUACCAGCACCUGGCAGAAGAGGUGCAGCAGCAGAUCAUCCGUGACACCUUCCACCUGGUGCUGAAGCGCGAUGACCACAUCUGCAACUUCCUGGAGUGCGGCAGCCUGUUCGGCGGCUCCGACUACAAGCUGAUCUACCGCCACUACGCCACGCUGUACUUCGUGUUCUGCGUGGACUCCUCCGAGAGCGAGCUGGGCAUCCUGGACCUCAUCCAGGUGUUUGUGGAGACGCUGGACAAGUGCUUUGAGAACGUCUGUGAGCUGGACCUCAUCUUCCACAUGGACAAGGUCCACCACAUCCUGCAGGAGAUGGUGAUCGGUGGGAUGGUGCUGGAGACCAACAUGAACGAGAUCGUGGCGCAGGUGGAGGCCCAGGGCAAGCUGGAGAAGGCAGAGGGAGGCCUCUCAGCUGCUCCUUCCCGUGCUGUGUCGGCUGUGAAGAACAUCAACCUGCCCGAGAUCCCCCGCAACAUCAACAUCGGGGACAUCAACAUCAAAGUGCCCAACCUGUCACAGUUCAUGUGAGCAGCCCGUGCUGGGGGGCUGCCUGCUGAGCAGAACUGGGGUCCCCGGCUCCUCCCGGGGCUCUGCCCACGUGGCACACAGGGCUGAUGGUGGCCGAGGGCGACAGGGCUCAGAGAACGGGUGGGGGGCUCAGAGAACGAGGUGGGGGGCUCCCUUCCUCUGGAGCUGGGCUCAGUUCUGCUCCCUGGUUCCCCAACAAGGAGGCUGCUCUUCCUUCCCCUCCCUCCCUGCGGACAUGCAGAGCCUCUCCUCACUGUGGGGAAGAGUUGGCUCCUGCCUCUCCUGGGAUUCUUGGGAUUCCC